GAGAGAGCUGUGAAGGAGGAGGAGAGAGCAGUCAAAGAGGAGGAGGAGGAGGAGGAUAGCAGAGAAGUGUCUGAUCCAGAUCUGGAGGAAGAAGUAGAUAGUAUCACUGACCCAGGAGAGAUCUCCAACCCAGGUUCAGACAGUGAGCCCAGUUCCACAGCAUCAGGAAACCAUAAACAACACAGACGGAGGAACUCAAGACAGAAACAUCACCACUGCAUGGACCGACCCUGCUCAGAUUCUAGAGGCAGUUUUGUGUGUCCAACUCACCUCCUACCACGCAAAAAGACCCUCAAAAGAAAGAAGAUGUACCCGUGUGGUCAAUGUGGGAAGAGAUUUCAGACACCAAGCAGCUUGAAGACGCACCAGCUUACUCACACAGGAAAGAAGUCGUACCACUGCUCCCAGUGUAGGAAGACUUUCAGUUGUUCGUUCAAUUUGAAGAGGCAUCAGAGAAUACACACAGGAGAGAAGCCUUUCCACUGCUUCCAAUGUGGGAAGAGUUUCCGUAUGGAAGGACAGCUAAACGAACACAAGAGAAUACACACAGGAGAGAAGCCGUACCACUGCUUUCAGUGUGGGAAGAGCUUUGGUCGGGCAGGAGCUCUAAAGGCACACCAGCUAAUUCACACAGGACAGAAGCCGUACCACUGCUCUCAGUGUGGGAAGAGCUUCAGCCAGGCAGGACACCUGAAGACACACCAUCGAAUUCAUUCGGGAGAGAAGCCAUACCACUGCUCUGUUUGUGAGAUGAGUUUUCCUCUUUUACAGACCUUAAAUAGACACCAGCUUACUCACACAAGAAAGAUGCCUUAUCACUGCUCCCAGUGUGGGAAAAGCUUCAGUCAAACAGGAAGCCUGAGGGCACACCAGUUAACUCACACAGUAGAGAAGCCUUACCACUGCCUUCAAUGUGGAAAGAGUUUCAGUCAUUCAUCAAAUGUGACAGCCCACCAGUUAACUCACACAAGAGAGAAGAAUUACCACUGCACUCAGUGUGGGAAGAGCUUCAGUCUGGCAAGAUACCUGAAGAAACAUUGUCAAACGCACACGGGAGAGAAGCCUUACCACUGCCCUCAGUGUGGGAAGAGUUUCCGUCAGUCAUCACAUCUGAGGGCACACAAGUUAACUCACACAGGAGAGAAGCCCUGUACUGCUUCUCUCAGUGUGGGAAGAUCUUCAGGCAGACAGCAGACUUAAAGAGACACCAGCUAAACGUGGACACAUUUUUAUCCCGAUCUACAGGCUCCAGAUCAGAUCUCGGCCCAUUGACUGUUCCUAGGCCGUCAUUGAAAAUAAGAAUUUGUUCUUAACUGACUUGCCUAGUUAAAUAAAGGUAAAACUUAUCUACAGGCUCUUACAACCGUCACAAUAAUUUAACAUGUUGAAUAUAUUGGGCCUCAAAUCAACCAUUAUUGCUGAGUGCAAGCAGUGCUCAGAGCACUUAUGAGGCACGUCCCACCGUCAGCCAAUCAUCUUCUCAGAUAGCUAACGUUGGCUAGGCUAAUAGCUAACGUUGGCUAGGCUAAUAGCUAACGUUGGCUAGGCUAAUAGCUAACGUUGGCUAGGCUAAUAGCUAACGUUGGCUAGGCUAAUAGCUAACGUUGGCUAGGCUAAUAGCUAACGUUGGCUAGGCUAAUAGCUAACGUUGGCUAGGCUAAUAGCUAACGUUGGCUAGGCUAAUAGCUAACGUUGGCUAGGCUAAUAGCUAACGUUGGCUAGGCUAAUAGCUAACGUUGGCUAGGCUAAUAGCUAACGUUAGCUGGCUGACUCGCUUGUUGGCUAAGAUAAUUGCAUACAGCAAACAUUUUAAGAUAAUUGGUUAGAUGGAAGGGCUGGAUAUUGAUGCACGGACCGGUUUGGGUUUUUACUUUACAUUCUAUGUCGGCCGUCAAUGUAAUUAUGAAUUUGUUUUCAUUGGACUUGCCUACUUAAAGAUUGUAUUUUUUUAUAAAUAUAACGGUAUUUGAAUGUUUGGUUUGUUAAACGUGAUAUGCCGUGUGUAACGUCCAUUUUGAUAAUUUACUCUGCUACUCGAGUCAUCUCUCUCUGCUCUCCCCUCUCUCUAUGCGGCGUUGCCACACAGACCUAGCCCCGCCCCUUUCAUUCAAGGAGCUCACGUGUUGUUUCUGGUCCACCAGACAUGUGCGUUCAGUCUGCAUGGUCAAUGCAGCACACGCAACAAUAUCAAUACACUUCUAGAAUGUAUCCUUCCUUUUGUUUCUUACACCUGCAAACUGCUGGUUUUGUCUUUUCUUAGCGAGUUGUUCUAUAUCGUGUUAACCGCUAGCUAGAUAAUAGAUGUACCGAGUCAGAACAAAGAUAGCUAGUUAUACAGCCUGAUACCAGUGAUGGUGGAGGCCUAAAUCAGCAUGUUUGUGAAACAGUAUCUUCUAAACCAAUAAGAUCAGGAGAAGCAUGAAUAUAUUAUCUACAUGAAGUAGCUCAUCCCUGGCAUUUCUAUUUGUUGUCAUGCCAACCAGCACUGUAUUCAAAAUUCCCACUUAUUUAUAUUCUAUUUCUAUGAUUUCAACGGUUCCCCAAGUGUUUUGAUAUAAAUUAGAAGUGAAAUCGCAAUUACAUUUGGUAAAAAUAAAUCCUUGAAUUUUUGGGGGCCAAUAUCGUGAAGCCCUGCGUGGCAGUGUGAAAAUAAUCAAAAAUUAGUGCAGGAAAUGAAGAAAUUGAUGGAAAUGUAGGACAUUGUAUUUGGUUAAAGUUGAUUUGUACAAUAUAAAACAAUAAG